AUGGCACAGAGAAGCACCAACCCCACCCAGCAAUUCAACUUUGUGGCUCAGGAUAACAUCUGGAAAUACCAUGUUGAAACUGAGUUUGAAGCUGCAAAGAAAUGGUCCAUCAAAUGGGGAUUUUUAACAACACCUUUUGAGGAGUUGAUAAAAGACGAAAGGAAAGAACCCACUAAGCCUAAGAUAGAGCUUCCAGAACAUUUACAAAUCCGACCUGUAACACCAGUGGAAAAAUAUAUUAAGGUCUACCCAUCUCCUCCAAUCCCUAAAACAACUCAAGGAUUUAUUGGCUGGAGAUCAUCUGUGCCAGGACUGGAACUUGAACGUUAUUAUCAGAUCAGAAGCUGCAAAGGUGCCUUUCACAAGGAUCUGAAGUGGCCUGAUGAACCUUCUGAUUGACCUUAAGAAAUAAUGAAUAGGCAUAUUGAGCCAUUUUUUCUUAAUCUAAGUUAAUAUUCAGUAGAACAAAUGUCAGAUUUGCAUAAAUUGAUAUUAGAGGAUAAAUGUUUGUGCAUAAUGUCAGGAAUAUAUUAGGUGAGAGGUAUAUGUGAGAAAUGUAGCAUGUCAGUUAUUACUGUUUUAUUGAAGUCUACUGUAUACAUACUGUUAGUGCACAUUUUGGAAUGUUUUAUCCAGGAAAGCAGCUCUAAUUUAAACACCU